AUGCUUAUGCGGUCGCAUGUUUUUCAUGAUACGAUCAAGUAUAAAUACCUCGUUCAGGGCAAUCACUGUCACACUUCACCGCUUGUGUCGGGUCAAACCACAAGUACUUUGGCAGAAGGAAAAUUAGUAGAAGCCAUGAAUCCCCUGUUUAAUAUGAUGCGCGGCGCCUCUGUGCUGGCUAUGUUGUGCAUUGCGUCCGCUGCGAAACUGCCAGGCUACAGUGCCGGAGGCGACUCUGGUUUGGGCGUCGCGCUCGGCGGAGGAGGAGGCCACGGCGGCAUCGUAGGCGGGGCCGGAAGUGGCAACGUUUUCCAGGCAGUUCUAGUCGGUAGCGGACACCUCCCCGCUAGUGCUUUUGGAGGCGCUGCAGGAGGCUUCGCCGGAGGUGCUGCUGGAGGCUUCGCCGGAGGUGCUGCUGGAGGCUUCACCGGAGGCGCUGCAGGAGGCUUCGCCGGAGGUGCUGCUGGAGGCUUCGCCGGAGGUGCUGCUGGAGGCUUCGCUGUUGACCCUGUUGGACCUGUUGGACCAGUUGGCCCUGUUGGCCCUAUUGGUACCGUGGAAGGCCCAGGCAUCGGCGGUGCUGCCGUAUCGCCAGUCGUUGACGUUUUCCCCGUCGAGGAGGACUUCAUCGGGUCGGGCAUCGACGGAGCUGCCAUCUCUCCCGUCGUCACCCUCGAGGAGGAGUACGGCGAGCCAAGCAUCAGCGCCGGACCCUUCAUCUCCGUCGACCCCGCCCCCCCUUCGGAGCCUGUCGUCCCCGUCCCGACCCUCGUCAGCGUCGAUGAGGUCGCCCACGUCAGCCCCCUUGCUGGCGAAUACGGCUCGCCAAGCUUCUGAAGCUGAAACCGCCGUCACUGGCGAUGCCUUCAGGGCAAGAUCCUAUUUAAGGUUUGCGAACUGAGAUGCAAAUCAUUUUAUUUAUUGUAUAUUCCUUAUGAAACUUGAGGAAUGAAUCAUAAUAAUAUAAAUUAUGACUAUAGA